ACCUCUUGGCUGCUGCACCCAUCUGUAACCAGGUGAAAUCACCACACCUGGCCAGGUGACAGCUCCUCCACUCGGCUCUCAGCAGCCACGUGACUUUAUCAUCCAUCAGCUCAGACUUGAGGAAACGCGGUAAAGUUUUCUUCAUUCCAGGAAACUACAAGAUUAGUUUGUAGGCUGAAGUUUUAAGAUCUUCGGUGAUGGAUAAGUUAAAAUCUGUUUUAAGUGGAGAAGAGGCGCGGAGAGAAGACAGAAACGUCUUACAGACCGUGAGUGAAGCCUCGUCUUUGAGCUGGAGCACUCGGAUCAAAGGAUUCAUUGCUUGUUUCGUGGUGGGAGCGGCGUGCACAGUUUUGGGGGUGUGCGUCCUCUUUCUGCCCAAGAUUGGUCUGACGCUCUUCAUUGUCUUCUACACAUUCGGGAACAUAUGUGCUUUGUGCAGUACAAUGUUUCUGAUGGGACCAGUGAAGCAGCUGAAAAGGAUGUGUGACAAAACCAGAGCACUGGCCACCACCAUAAUGCUUACUUGCCUUGUGUUGACUCUCUGUGCAGCUUUCUGGUGGAAGAACUUUGGUCUUGCUUUGCUGUUUUGCAUUUUGCAGGUCUUGUCUUUUACCUGGUACAGUCUGUCAUACAUCCCAUGUGUGAGGUUGGUCCUCUUAGCACCAUUUGUCCAAAUAGCAAAUGAUGGCAUGAACGCUCAGUAUGAAUUCUUAUGAAGAGCUUGUUUGGGACUGAUUUGUGUGAAUUGCUGUUUUAGGGAGGCGAUCUUGCGGCUAGUGGCUCUCUGCUUGAAAUGACUCAAGUUGAAGAUUCAAGCUGGAUCAUGCAUUUUUUAAACAAAGGCCACGUCUGGUUCACAACACCUUUAUCCUGCACGGCCAGACACCUUUUAUCCCGAAGGUUUUAACUUUUCUGCUUGAUUCAUUUAACUGAUUGACUCUGGAGCCAUUGUAUCUGCUGGUUCAUUUUUAGCAAUAACUGUGUUGGGUGUAUCAUGUGUAAAUAUCUGUAAUAAUAUUAAACUUUAAUUUAAAACAACA